AUGCCCUCUCUAUCCGACCAGAUUGACCACCUGGCCUCCCUCUCGAAAUCAAUUAAAGCCAGUGCUGAUGGGUUCCCCACUUCAGAUGGGCUCUUUACAACAGCUGUCCUUAAUACUGCUCUAGGUGAUCUGAUUCGUGACAUCGACUCAUCCGAACUCGGGCUCUUCACACUGGUACACCCACCAUCUCAUGUACCAACUGAGUCUGAAGCGAGAGGUGUAAUAUCCCGUGUAGAAUUUUCUGGGGCUACGCCUCUGAAGAAACCACCUUCUCGAAGGCAGGAGAUGACAAAACCGAGAGAGUAUGAGCCAGAAGUAUAUGCCCAGGCUGCAUUAAAGUACUUGGAUCGGUAUCACUCAAUUCGCCCAAUGCCUCGUGCGCGAUCCCAGGUACAGGGACUUAUAAACAGGCUGGAUGAGGCGCGACGGAAUAUCAGAAGUCUUAGUGAAACAUUACAGCAGUUAACAAGCAGCAAUCCCGCAUCAGACCCCAGCUCGCAGGAGUCCACUGCGGCAGACGAGGAACGGCGCAUACAAGAUCUCCAGGCUCGUCUUACCGAACUGCGUAAACAGAAAGAUGACAUCCUUCGCACCUCCAAUCCUGCGCCCAAGUCCAAGCCCGCGCCGAGACUGGCUAGGGCUCCUUCACCUCUCACUGUACCUGAAGCUCAGGAAGAGAUGUUCUGGAAUACGCCUGCCGCAUCUGCGCGGACGCUUCGCUUCACCGAAAAGCUCAUGGAUGAGGAGGUGGACAUCAAUGACGUAUCAGUCAUGUCCUUCACGAGCCCGGUUCCUCGUCCUCGGUCCGUAUUAUCAUCGCUAGGUCUUCCUGUGGACGACGAUUGCCUAGAUAACGGAGAACACGAUAUUGAGCAGGACGAUUCUGUGGUACCUGAUCCAUCAGACAAGCUCGAGGAAGAACCCCCAGGCAGUGAGCUGGAGGUGGAUGAUGGAGAGGGAGAACAAACAGUGGUGCUCAAGAUGCUGCCUUCAUCGUUACUACCAAAUACCACGCCGCCAGAAGGCACUACGCCUCCUGAAACACCGUUGCCUGCAAUUUCAGAGUUGCAGACUCCUGCAGGACCUCCUGAGUCCGCCAGAAAACCAAAAGUGCGCAUGAAUGUGGAGAUCGAAAAGAUUGUGGCAAGUAUCCUGGUGAAGAUAUGGAGCACAGUGGGCGAGAUCAUCAUGCCGGGCCAUCCUUUCGACCCCACGGGAUCAGGAAGCAAACCUCCAAGGGCAAAGGAAACUCUUGCCCAUCUCGAGUCUCUCUCCUCUCAGACCCCCUCGCCUACAUCCCCAACUGCAUCCUCAUUUUCAUCGCUUGCGCCAUCUAUGAUCCAUGGCCAGCCUACCUCGCAACAGAUCACAACCUGUCAGCUUUUGCUCACUCUACUCAAACAGCCCGGCUGCUCGAUGUCGCUCAAUAAACUCAAGGAAGCGCUAGCGGAAGGUGGUGGUAGCGCGGGUGGCACGCGGACGAUCUAUGCCUGUGUGGCAAAGAAGCUGAUCAAAAUUGAGCGAGGGAGCGGGGAGCAGGUCGUCAAGUUUGACAUUUGA